AUGGCAAAGGGCACUGAUGGGACAAAGAUCAUAUCCACUAGCCAAGCCGCAAGCAGGAUUCUUGCUCUGUCCAAUCUGUAUGAAGUACCCUACGUUUAUUUUCCUGGUUCUUCUGAAUCAAAAGGAGAUGGGGAUGCCCCAAAACUGAAGUGUGAGCUAUGUGGCCGAGUGGACUUUGAGUACACAUUUAAACGCUCCAAGUGGUUCUGUUCUAUGGCUUUUGCCAAAAGGUACAGCCUGCCCGUCACCCCAAUGAACCCCGGGCCUAUUCCCAACCCCUCGGCACUGAAGCUCAGUAACAGCCGAGAAGACUCCAGCCGCUUCUCAGACAAUUCCAGUUAUGAGGAGCCCCUGUCCCCCGUCUCCACCAGCUCUUCCCUGUCCCGGCCCAGACAGGAGCGCAAGGUGGAACCCCCCACCCUUCACAGGCGGGACCCCAUUGAUAUGAGCCAGGAGUUCUUGCCCAUCGACCCCACCAAAUGGAACGUAGAGGAUGUGUACAAGUUUAUCUGCUCCGUCCCAGGGUGUCAGGAGAUCUCAGAAGAGUUCCGUGCCCAGGAAAUUGAUGGACAGGCCUUGCUCCUGCUGAAAGAGGAUCAUCUCAUGAGCGCAAUGAACAUUAAACUGGGUCCAGCGUUGAGGCUCUACGCACGGAUCAGCAUGCUGUCUUACUCCUAGCUGUCGGACUUCUAGCUGUCUUACUCCUAGCCGUUGUACUUCUAGCUGUCGGAC